CACGUGACGUAGAACGGAAAUACUUUUCUUUCUCUCAAAAUGUCCGCGGCCGAUGAAAACACGUUGCCUCAAGAGGAUGACGGGUUUGAGGAGAUGGAGGCGAGUGGUAGUGAUGAGGAUGAUAUGGAAGGAGAGGGGGAGAACGGAGAGUCGGAGACUAAGGUUUAUAUCCCCGGUCUGGAGCCGCUCCAGCCGGGAGAAGAGCUCGAGAUGGAUCGAUCCGCUUACCGCAUGUAUCACGAAUGCCAGACAGGUUCCCCAUGUCUGAGUUUUGAUGUGGUGCGUGAUGGUGACGGAGAGGGCAGAGAGCAGUUUCCUCUCUCCAUGGUGCUGUGUGCUGGUACUCAAGCAGACACUGCAUUAAGCAACAGAAUUAUUGUGAUGCGGAUGCACAAUCUUUAUGGAACCGACCAAGAAAAAGAAGAGAAUGAAAGUAGUGAUGGAGAAAGUGAUGAAGAUGAUGAGGAGGAUCAAGACAGAAAACCACAAUUGGAGCUGGCCAUGAUGCCACAUUAUGGCGGGAUAAACAGAAUCAGAGUCACCCAGCGAGGGGAGCAGACACUGGCUGCUGUCUGGUCGGAGAAAGGGCAGGUAGAGAUUUUCGACCUCCGAUCUCAGCUGGAAGCAGUACACAAUUCCUCAGCGAUGUCAGCCUUUAUCAAGCAGCAGAAAGAAGCCACACCUCUUUUUAGUUUUUCUGGUCACAUGACAGAAGGAUUUGCUGUUGAUUGGUCACCAAAGGUUCCAGGGCGGCUGGUGAGCGGCGAUUGCAAGAAGAACAUUCACGUCUGGGAGCCACAGGAGGGUGGGACUUCAUGGAAAAUUGACCAAAGACCUUUUAGCUCACACACUAAGUCUGUAGAGGACCUGCAGUGGUCACCUACUGAAGCCACAGUUUUUGCAUCUUGCUCUGUGGAUCAGUCCAUCCGUAUUUGGGACAUAAGGGCACCACCUAAUUCUAUGCUUUCAGCCAAUGAAGCUCAUUCUUCAGACAUCAAUGUUAUCAGCUGGAAUAGAACUGAACCUUUCAUUUUGUCUGGAGGGGAUGAUGGUGUCCUGAAAGUUUGGGAUUUGAGGCAAUUCCAGUCGGGACGUCCAGUGGCUAGCUUUAAGCAGCACAGUGCACCUGUGACCUCAGUGGAGUGGAGCCCUAUUGACUCCAGUGUGUUCGCUGCCUCUGCAGCUGAUGAUGUCGUCAGCCAAUGGGAUCUGUCAGUAGAGUCAUGUGAUGUGGGAGAACAGGCAGAGGGCUUAAAACAACUGCCACCACAGCUGCUUUUCCUACACCAAGGUCAGAAAGAAGUUAAGGAACUCCACUGGCACCCACAGAUUCCUGGAGUUCUCAUUUCCACAGCAUUGUCAGGAUUCAACGUCUUCCGAACAAUUUCUGUAUAACUUUAUGUAAGAGUGUGAGAGAGAGACUGGACCGUUUUAUUUGAAACAAACCGAAGAUAUGUGCAUGUAAAUGAUUUUUAAUGUACAUGCACAGAUGAAUGGAAUGUUUGAGUGACUUGUGUAUAUAUUAAUUUUUGUUAAUUUUUCCUCCCCUUUUAUUGUCCUUCUGGAAGUUGUUGUUUGACAAAGAAAUCUUGUAUGCAAUGAAGUUUGUACCAGUAAAAAUGCUUUCUGUA